AUGUCACAGAUUUAUCAAAUGGAUACGGACGAAAGUUCCUGGUUGGGCCACGACCUCUUUGAGCCGCUGAGUGACAUCAGAAGGCGAUAUCGAGACCCAAGCAUUGUCACACAAGUAGUCCAUAUUCAGGCAGCCAACGUCCCGCAACAGAAGUCUUUGGAAUUCCUCGAGAAGCUCGAGUGCUUAUAUUUCACCGAUCGGGAUGAUGCCAGCUCGACACAACCGACUUUGAGUCUAGACACGAUAAAUGCCUUUAAACAAAGAAAGUACGUAGCUCUCUCGUACACAUGGCAGCCUUCUCCAGAAGAGAUAGAUAUCCCGCAUGGAGGGUUCUUGGUUCAAGACAUUCAGUCAUGGCAGUGGGAACCGUCAUCAGUGAGAAACACGGUUUUCAGCCGGAUCAGACGGUACAUGGAUCAUGUGAAAUGCAAGCAUCUGUGGAUUGAUAAGCACUGCAUUAUCCAAGAAGAUGGAGAAGAAAAAGAGAUAGGUAUGCAGGCAAUGGACCGGGUCUAUAGCCUCAGCCAACAUCCAGCGGCACUGUUAUCCUUGACCAUCAGUACGUCGAACCAACUGCAACUACUCACCGAUAUUCUCUCUGGGAAGUUUGUCGCAAAACGAGGAACUAGUUACGUUUUAUCUUCUGCGGAAAGGGCUUUGGAUGCACUUCAACUUCUCCAUUACAUCACUUCGGAUACUUGGUUCUCUAGAGGAUGGACUUACCAAGAAAACUAUCGUGCCAACAUGAAGAUGAAACUUUUGAUCGCGCAUUCUGCAGCACUCAACCAUGAAAAGGCGGCUCGGCAUUUUGGAUCCUUGGACAGAGAGCUCUUGAUCAGUUCCGCAGGACUUUACGAACAGGCAACAAAACUUUGCAUGGCCUAUUCUGACCAAAAGCCGCCACCGCCGUGCCUAAAUACUGUUCUAUUGAAAGCCAAGCGAUAUACAAUUCUACUCGCCGAUGACGAGGAUUCAGCCCCUGUGUCAAUGUCUCCAAGCAUUAUUGAAGACAUAGCGAGUCGUACCCUCGAGAGGGAGUGGGACAGGGUAGCUAUCAUCGCCAAUUGCUGUCAAUACGCAAAUCGCUUGAACAGCGCCCAGCUCCAAAGUGAUAAGCACAGCCUUAGUCUAACAAUCCUCACACUUGUUCUGAUGAAUGGUGAGAUAUUGUCAAAUCAUCCUGAAGACAAGCUCGACUCGAAAAAAAUGACCAUCACGGAAUUUUUGCAUGAGCAUUUCUUUUACGGACUGAAGUCUCCGUGGAAAAAGGCCAAACUUACUUUUAAUAAAAGCUGCCGCUUUGCCAAUGUCGUUUUGACAGAAGACGGUAUACAGACUGAGGGCUAUCUAUGGCGGUUGGACGACGAGAUCAUCACGACGCAGUUUCAGAACUGUCGACAGCCACGCGGAAGGAAAAGGCAUUGGCAAUUCACCAAGCGCCCACUCGAGUGGCUGGCGGAGGAUCUGGCUCCUCACUACGGACUCCUGUCCCAGAGACUGUACGAGAUCAUGGACCUUGAAGUGCCAUCCUCGGCUGCAGAAGAAUGGCUGCUCAGUAUGGUGGAUGCGGUAGAAGAGGCUAUAGAGCAGGGGAAACUACUUUGCACCGCCACUUUGCUUGGUUCUGGGCCUCUAGGUGUUGCUGUAUUUGUCCAGCCAGAAGAGCCCGACAACGAAGACAGUGGGUCUGGUUCUGAAAUGAGUCUUGAUCGUGAUCAGGACUGUUACGUUUUCACGUCCUUUCAGCGUGCGCAGACUGAUCGUGGGGGAUUUGACCUCAAUGAUCUAAAUAAACAUGUCUCGCUGGAGGUCGAUUACGAUCAUGGGAAGGGUCUCGCACAAGUCCCUCGGUUAUAUACGAGGCGCUGGAUACACGGGUUGUGUUUCUACCAUGGCUGUUCUCCACGGCCAGUUGCAUUUCCGUGGCCAGUGUCGUUGAGAGACCUAUGGUCGUCACAAAGCUGA